GCGAUUACUCUAUUUAUACUGAUAGCUCUUCCUCCUACCACACUUAAAGGCAGUUUCCGAGUUUGAAGGGAGCGUUCAUCAAUUUUUUACUUUCCCUUCACAUCUUGAAAAAGCACUUACCCACGCAAACAACAGAGGAAACAAAUGGAAACAGUGGAAGUGCUUCACAUGAACAAAGGCGUAGGCGAAACUAGCUAUGCCAUGAACUCUGCUGUUCAGAACAAGAUAAUCUCAGCCGCAGAGCCAGCAACAAAGAAAGCUAUUGUGCAAAUUCUAUGUUCAAGUUGGCCAGCGAAGAUGAGCAUUGCUGACUUGGGUUGCUCAUCAGGACCCAAUGCAUUAAGGGUGAUUGCAGAGAUAGUGGACGCUGUGUAUGGCACAACGCGCCUCUUAGAUCGCCCCGCGCCAGAAUUGUUGGUGUAUUUGAACGACCUUUUCACCAAUGAUUUCAACAACCUCUUCGGGUCAUUGCCAUCUUUCUACAGAAAACAGAGGGAAGAAAAGGGAAGUGGUUUUGGAUCCUGUUUCAUUUCCGCUGUCCCUGGCUCUUUCUAUGGUAGGCUCUUCCCAAGCAAGAGCCUCCACUUUGUGCACUCUUCUUCCAGCCUCCAUUGGCUUUCUCAGGUGCCUGUGGGUUUGGAGGACAGCAGUGGGAGAAGAUUGAACAAGGGAAAGAUCUUCAUAUCAAAGAGUAGUCCAAAGUGCGUGUUAGAUGCUUAUUCGCAGCAAUUUCGGAAUGAUUUUUCACUGUUUCUGGAGUCACGUUCUCAAGAGAUGGUUACGGAGGGACGCAUGGUUUUGUCUCUUAUGGGCAGAGAAUCCAUGGACCCAACAACUGCUCAUUGUUGUUAUCAAUGGGAACUGUUGGCGGACGCCCUCAUCACCAUGGUUUCUGAGGGUCUAGUGGAAGAGGAGAAGGUGGAUUCUUUUGACGCUCCUUACUAUGCACCGUGCAUAGAGGAGGUGAAAAUGGAGAUUGAAAAGGAGGGGUCAUUCGUGGUGGAAAGGCACGAAGCUUAUGAAAUCGAUUGGGAUGGUGGAAUGGGAAUGAAAAGUGAUUCCGGCGGAACGCUAUUAUCAAGGGGAGAGCAUGUGGCGAGGACCAUAAGGGCUGUGGUGGAGUCGAUGCUGGAAUCCCAUUUCGGGUGUGAUAUUAUUGAUGAGCUUUUUCGAAGGUAUGCAGAACUUGUGGAGGACCAUUUGUCGAACACCAGGACCAAGUACGUCAAUUUGGUCAUUUCCCUCGUCAAGCGAGGCUGAAAGAACACUGCAAUUCACUGCCACAUUUAUUAUUUUUCGUAAAUUAAGUAUAUUAUUAUUGUCCACGAUAAAGCUUAUUCCUCUUGUCGUUGUUGAUUGAUAGCUAGCUGUAUAUGCUACGUCUACGUCUCUCCUAGUUUAAUGUCAUGCAAGCGUUUG